AUGGUGAUAUUGAUAAUUAAUGGUGAUGUUGAUAAUGGUGAUGUUGAUAAUGUUGAUAAUGGUGAUGUUGAUAAUGGUGAUGUUGAUAAUGGUGAUGUUGAUAAUGGUGAUGUUGAUAAUGUUGAUAAUGGUGAUGUUGAUAAUGGUGAUGUUGAUAAUGGUGAUGUUGAUAAUGGUGAUGCUGAUAAUGGUGAUGCUGAUAAUGGUGAUAUUGAUAAUGGUGAUAUUGAUAAUGGUGAUGUUGAUAAUGGUGACGUUGAUGAUGGUGAUGCCUUUAAUGAUUGUAACCAGGAAGGAUG